AUGUCUCACUCUUCUGAGGAGGAUACUGAUAUCAGUGAUUCUGAAAUAGGUGAAUACGAAGAAAAAUGUUACGAAGAACUGAAAAAUGGAAGUCAGAAUGUCAAGGCCUUGGAUGAGAAAUUCACUUGUCCUUACUGUCCUAAGAAAAGAAAACGAGAUUAUUUGUAUAAGGAGCUUCUGCAACAUGCUUCUGGGGUGGGUCAGAGUAGUUCACAAAGGAGAAAACCAAGAGAAAAGGCCACACAUUUGGCUUUAGUGAAGUAUUUGGAAAAUGAUCUUAUGAAUAUAGAUGCUCCGCCGGAACCGGUUGAUGAUAAAAGUCACACACCUAUUGAUUCUGAUGAGCAGUUUGUGUGGCCUUGGAUGGGGAUAAUAGUUAAUAUUCCAACUACCCGAAAAGAAGGUGGGCGCACUGUUGGGGCGAGUGGUUCCAAGAUUAGGGAUGAGUACAGAAGUAGGGGUUUCAAUCCAGUUCGAGUCAAUCCUUUAUGGAGUUAUCGAGGUCACUCUGGAACUGCUCUUGUGGAAUUCAAUAAAAGCUGGCCUGGCUUAGAUAAUGCACUUGCAUUUGAAAAAGCAUAUGCAUUGGAACAUCAUGGGAAAAAGGAUUGGCUUGCUAAUACCGGGCAGAAGUCGGGUCUUUAUGGAUGGGUUGCCCGAGCAGAUGACUACAAAGUGAACAAUAUCAUUGGGGAACAUCUGCGAAAGAUGGCUGAUGUCAAAACCAUACCGGAACUUAUGGAAGAAGAAGCUCGAAGGCAAGAUAAACUUGUGUCCAAUUUGACCAACAUUAUUGAAAAAAAGAACAGGCACUUACAUGAGAUUGAAGCAAGAUGCACCGAGACUACAGAAAAAAUGAAUUCUGCCAUUGAAGAAAAAGAUUUACUGAUUCAAUCUUAUAAUGAAGAGAUAAAGAAAAUACAGGCAAGUGCUAAGGAUCACUUCCAAAGGAUUUUUAAUGAUCAUGAAAAGCUUAAAUCGCAACUGGAAUCUCAGAAAAGUGAGCUUGAAUCGCGGAGAAUUGCUUUGGAAAAACGUGAAGCACAUAAUGAAAGUGAAAGAAAAAAGUUGGCAGAGGAGAUUGAGGAGAAUACAACAAAAAACAGCUCUCUUCAGAUGGCUUCAAUAGAGCAACUGAAAGCAGAUCAAAAUGUUUUGAAACUGGCUGAAGAUCAAAAGAAACAAAAAGAAGAACUCCAUGCUAAAAUCAUUCAGCUUGAAAAACAACUGGAUAUGAAACAAAAGCUGGAAUUGGAGAUUCAGCAACUUAGAGGAUCACUAAGUGUGUUGAAGCACAUAGAAGAUGAUGACGACGGAGAAGUUUUGAAGAAGGUAGAUGAUCUGCAAAAGGGUUUAAGGGAGAAGGAACAGGUACUAGAAGACUUAGAUGCAUUGAACCAAACACUAAUCAUCAAGGAGCGUAAGAGUAACGAUGAGCUGCAGGAUGCUCGAAAAGAAUUGAUUAAUGCUAUUAAAGAGAUAGCAACUCGAGCCCAAAUUGGUGUGAAGAGAAUGGGGGAACUUGACACUGAACCAUUCCUUGAAGCUAUGAAGCAAAGAUAUAAUGAGGAGGAAGCUGAAGACAAAGCUACAGAAUUAUGUUCAUUGUGGGAAGAGUAUCUAAAAGACCCAGAUUGGCAUCCAUUCAAAGUUGUCGAGAGUGACGGGAAACAUAGAGAACUUAUUCAAGAAGACGAUGAAAAGCUGAAAGGACUGAGAGAAGAAGUGGGUGAAAAGGCAUAUGAUGCAGUGGUGGCAGCUUUAACAGAGAUUAACGAAUAUAAUCCUAGUGGGCGAUAUGUAACCUCUGAGUUAUGGAACUAUAAAACGGGAAAGAGAGCAACUUUGAAGGAAGGAGUACAAUUUUUGUUGAACACAUGGAGACGCAAGAAAGGAAUGUUGUGA